UGUGGCGCAGAGCAGGGAAGCUGGUGCGUCGGUGGUAUUGGACAGCAAGACAAGUACGCCUUCUGCGCCAGAGACCGGAUUGUCACGGCUCCACCACCCCGGCAAACAACCACUGCGCCCAAAGGGCCGAGGAACUGUUGCGGUAGCAUACUGCGACACGAGACGGAAGAGGCUGACCAGUCCACUAGCUACAAGGUUCCAGACGGGUGGACCAUGUGCUACAUCGACCAGCGCGACUCUGCGUACUACAACACCCCGUGCCGGGACCUCCUCCAGGGAAUUCCCGGGUACGAGAACGCCGACCAACUGCUCGCAGCCGGAGGAAACUUCGGGUGCUGGCACGGGAACACCGGUAGUUCACCUGGAGCGGCAUUCGCGACAAACAACGUCAUUGAGAUGAGCUGCAGGGAUAACAUACAGCAGACGAACCAGCUGGCAUCUUGGAGUCCGAGUACAACCACAUUUGGCGUUUGUAUCAAGGGCAUCGAAUGUGAGCCGAUUGCUACAACUGCAGUAGCGCCAACCAAAGACCCGAAGAUUCAACCAGUCACACCCAUGCCAGUGCAAGACUUGAUUGCCUCCACCUCCUGCACCAAUGACUACAUGGAACUGUCCAUCCCUGUGGAUGAACUGACCGACAUCACCAUUGACGACCUUUACUGGGAGCCUGAUCAGAACUGUGGUGCCACAACUAACGGUACCCACUACCUUUUCCGUACUGAACUGUACGGAUGUGGCACCAAGGUGUCUUUCGACCCGAAGUACGUCAUCUUUCUGAACACCAUCAACAUCCUGACUAUGGAACAGAAGAUCGGAGUCAUCACACGGGAUGGCGGCAUCAGGAUUACUUCCAAGUGUGAGUACAAGCGCGAGCAAUGGGUGGACUCCACCUUCCUGCCCAUCCCGGGCGGCCUGAACUUUACUGAGGAGGGGUUCGGGCAGCUGGAGGUCCGUCUCUCCAUGUUCCCCACAAGUCAGUACCAGACCCCGUUCCUGGCGGACCAGUACCCCGUCCACUUCAAACUGCGUCAGCGCAUCUUCAUGCAGCUGGAAGUGCAGGGACACGCGCAGAACCUCGCCGUGCUGGCGCUGAACUGUAAGGCAACCAUGUCACCUGAACCUAACGACACUCUGCAGUAUCAACUCAUCAACGACGGAUGUGCUUCCGACCCAACCCUGGAUAUCUUCAGUAUCGACGACCCCAGUAAGGAACGCUUUGGAUUUGAAGCGUUCCGCUUUAUCAAAGAGGUGAAGACGGUGUACGUGCACUGUGAGGUGAUGGUCUGUAACGCCGCGGAUCCUGGGUCCCGCUGUGCUCAGGGUUGCGUUGCAAGACGCAAAAGGGCCGCUGAGGAGGACGUCGACAUGAUCGGCCGUCACAUGAUCUACCUUGGACCAAUCGCCUUGGAUGACGAAGACGUCGACGCAGUCGCAGCUGAAAGCAGCCUGCGCGAACGCCGCGGUGCUCCCUGGUCCCUGCUGGCUGCCGGAGGAGGUCUGAUGGCGCUCGCCCUUGCCGUGAUGGGCGCGGCCAUCGUGCUGAAGCGGUCCCGCCGGGAGAAGUGGGCCUACCAGGCGCUGGCUCACGUGGAGGAGGAGGGAGACGGGGAGGAGUAGGGCCGGACUACAGGCCAGCGAGGCGGACGUAACGUUUAACACCCUUACGUCAAGAUGUAACAACCUAUUUGGUUGGUGCCUUGCGGCCUGACUGUUUUAUUCCGGAUCCAUUGUGACAGUUUCAAGAGCAGCAUUUUCGGAUGAUCAACUAUAUGAUAUCCUUUCAGAAAUAAUCCGCCAUGUCUUCUUUCAAGAAACAACAAAUUAACUUUAGCCUUGGAAAAAGAUACAUUCUUACCUCCAUUCACAACUUUUGUCAACCAUUCACAGACCAGUACUUCUUUUCUAAACGACGUAGAUCCACUUGUCUUUUCUAUAAACAAUAUUGUCAAUACUACAUUACAUUCAUCCCCAUAGAGUUGAAAGCUAAACCUACAAUCACCAUCCAGAAAUGCUGCUCGCUAUGGCGUUGAUUAAGUGAUGUUCUACCCAGUUAUUCUGCUAUAGUAGUCAUAUAUCUAUGCAUUAAAUCCAGCACUUGCAUUAAUCAAGAUAAUGUAUCCAAGAUAUUAUAUACAGGUAUAACAUCUAUCACAUUAAGUAAUAGCCUGGUAUCUAGCCUUGUAGGGGCUGUUGUGAAGUGGCCCGAAUCGGGCUGGAUACCAGGCUAGUUACUAUGUAAGGAAUGUUCCAUAAACAAGAUGUUCGCAGUUUUUUUUCAGUUUGCUUUCCAAUUGUCCUAAAUGUUUUCCAAAAGCAUAUGUGCAAGAUAAGAAAAGAGGCUCAUUGAUGAAGAAAACCCGUAUUACCAUGUAAGGCGAAAACGUAUGUUAUAUCCCAUACUGUUAUGCUACGUUUUGUAGUAGUAUCAUCAUCAUCAUGUAUCACUAUGGGAAGUAAGCCCAAAAGACACCAGGGCACCGUAAAAGAUAAUUACAAGUAUACCACCUUAAUCCGAAUUGAAUUUUUAAAACACAAGUAACGAAACCUGACAGGAGACACUACUGAUACUA